GGGUAGGAGCCACACGUGCCACAGGCUACAACAACAACAACAACAACUACUUCUUCUCCGCGUCUUCAGAAAAUAGUCGAGAGCCCAGCCUGAGCCCUGGUCGGCAUCUUUGUCGUCAGCACUGCCAGUGCUGGUCCUCAGUCACGCCCGGAACCGACGUUGUUCGAUGUUAGGCAACGUGAAGACUUUCUUAUGGCGCACGCUCUGCGUGCAGAGCAGGGGUGGACGAGUCAUGGGCUUGGUGCUGGCAGUUGCAAUAGCAGGUUGCUGUUUUAUUUCUACCACGUCUAAGCAUAAACAGCCUACGCCGCUCAGCAAGGAUUCCGGUACGAUAAAUGUCAGCUUCGCUUUCAUGCCGCCUGUAGUGUCGCACAUUGUGUACGCGCCAAAGAGCGACUACAACGACAAGCUGAUGCGUGCCGUGGCCAACGAGAUCACCAGCCGCUUGAAAGCCACGAAAAUGCAACAAGAGGAAUCCAACGGCGGGCGGAAGCCUUCCUUUGCCAGGCUUGAGGACGACAGUGGCUCUGCCGACGCUUCCGUAGACCACGAUGCUCCUACGAGCGAAGAACAUGCGCCCAAAGGCGCGGUCCCGGUCACAACACCGGAGCUGGUCGCCUUGACGGAUGCAGAAGCCGUGAUUAAAAAAUGCAAGGAACUACUGAAUAAGGCCAAGAGCAAGGAUUCGAAGACAAAAAAUAAUAUCACAGUGGGCAUGCUGUGCUUGACCGCGUCUUGCCCGGCAAGUGACUCAGCUAGCAUCGCGUUGAAGUUGUACGCUCCUGUUCAUUUCACCAAUGAAGACAGCGCAACAAAGUUUCCACUUGGUUCCUUUUUCGCAGCUGCGCCGUCUUUUGACCAAUCCGUGGUUUACCAGCAGAUCAUAGAGCAGGAGCACUUAAAGCUACAAGGGGAAAAAUAUAAAGAUGCACAAAUGAAUUAUGAGGUUUCCACUGGCGCCAUGCCCGGCUGGGUGUUUAACGGCAAUGAGGAUCCCUAUGAAGAUCCACUCUCAAUGGCGAUUUUUAUAGCAUUCUGUUUUUUUGUGCUUUUUGAGGUAGCCAGAAUAAAGGAAGAGAACGAAAAUGGGACUUCGGAGCACCAGUGCGUAAUGGGGUUAUCUGAUGCCGAGUUCUUCUGGGGCCACUUCUUAACGGCUCUCGUGAAAGGCCUGGUCAUGAGUUUCGUCGCUAUCACAGUAAUGUUUUUGCCUCUACAUGAUGAACACAACUACGGCGACGGAUUGAACGUGAGCCUGGUUACCGUGUCAUUCGUCAUCUCUCUCAUUGGAGACUGCCUGUUCAUCAUACUCAUCUCGUGGGUGUUCCCUAAAGGGUGGCUUCCACUAAUCCUGUCCGGGGUGCUACUACCUAUUGCUCCUGUAGUCAUCACAACAUCGGCGGCGGCAAUACGGUUACCCAAAUAUUUCCUACUAUCAAGGAAGUCGAAGCUCACCUCUUGUGUUUUUCCCCAUACAGCUUUAUACUCUGUAAUGAGGAUUAUCUGCCUCGCCAGAGACUACGAAGGAGGCGCAUCAUGGUCACUCGUGACCAGGAGAGUGCUUGACAAAGACAACGUCACAAUUGGGGAACUUUGGGGAGGGACGCUUAUAUGCGAUGUUGUUAUGACAUUCUUGGCAUUCUACUUAUCGAAAGUUCUCCCCUGGAGCACCAACAAUCGACAAAGCCCAAUAUUCUGCCUUCUGCCCAACUAUUGGAGAGACGAACCUGCAGUAGCUGCAGUCGAAACAGUCAACGUCAAGCAAGACGUCAAUCGAUUUGAGAAACUACAGCCAGGUGACAAGGUUAUCAUCAGCACCGAUAACCUGACCAAGGUUUUUGGCGCCAAGCCAGUGCUGAACGGCCUUAGUUUGAAAGUGUGCGCAUCGAAAAUCACUUGUCUCCUUGGUCACAAUGGAGCCGGGAAGACGACUCUCAUGAGCAUAUUGACAGGGAUGCAGGCUCCAACCAGUGGUGCGGCCACAGUCUGCGGCUACGAUGUUGCCAGCCAGCGCUACCAAGUGCACCAGCGGGUCAGCUUCUGUCAGCAGACAGACAUCUUUUUCGAGUACAUGACUUGCGCUGAAAACCUCUACUACUUUGGAUCGCUCAAGGGAGGAAAGCCCGAGAGGCUCGAGGAAUCCAUCCGGGAGACCCUGCGUUUGGUCGCGUUGGAAGACAAGGCUUCAAGCUUGCCCAAAACACUCAGUGGUGGCAUGAAGAGAAAGCUAAGCAUAGCGAUGACCCUUGUUUCUGAGCCAGAGGUACUAAUUCUGGACGAGCCGACGGCAGGCAUGGAUCCAGAGACGAGACGGACUGUAUGGGACACCUUGACAAACCUGGCCAAAGAUAGAACUCUGCUACUGUCCUCUCAUGACAUGGAGGAAGCUGAUGCCAUUGCCGACCAGAUAAUCGUAAUGGCGUCCGGUGGGAUCGUAUGCAACGGAUCGAUAUCCUUUCUGAAGAAAGCAUGUGGCGUCGGAUACAAGCUGACGUUCUCCAAGGUGAAAAAUGCUUUUAAACUUCAUGACGCCAUGCAUAUCGUCCACAAGAAUAUCCCUGCGGCAGUCGUCGAUGAUGAGAAGCAAGAAGAGGUGUCCAUCGCGCUGGGCACUUUGGACACCAAAGAUUUCCCGGCCAUGUUCAAGGCACUGGAAAGUUCCCUCGAAAAGCUGGGCAUUGCAGGCAUUGGAGUCACGGCCGCCUCAAUGAAGGACGUCUACCUGAAGAUAAACCUGGACUGGGCACCAGGGGGAAAAGCACGAGAGCAAGCAGUAGGAGGAAAAGACAUCGACGUUGUCUGCAAGCCAAUUACAAAACGGCGCACGAUGGCCAGGUCGUUCUUUGCUCUUUUCGUCAAGCGUCUCUUAAGCCUUCUGCGUAGCUGGGAUGUCUUCCUAUUAUUUUUCGUGGCGCCGCUGGCAUUUCUGGGGAUAUUGGCGUGGAAUUUAAACGCUGGAGCCAUGGAUAAGACCCCGGAUCAAAGCCCUAACAAGACCCUCGACAUCCCCGUGGAACUAGGCGUCCACUUUCCGAGAUCCCGCGUCGUUGUCGGCGAGUCACCGGCCACCAACGUCAGCCGAAACCUACGGACACUCGUGGAGGCUCAAGGAUGCACCGUGCGGCCCACAAAAGACGCGGAGAAGGAGCUCCGCAAAUAUACCAACGAAGACUUUCAAAGUUCCUUCACCGUUUACCCAUUGGCAGUGGCAUUUGAGUCCAUUGACAUCCGCAUGGUGCCCAACCCGACGAGCGCCAUCACGCUUCCCAUCACCGUCAACCUGGUGUACACGGCUUGGCUGCGAGCACUGACGGCUCAGCCGGCGGCGCAGAUCAACGUCACCAUCACUUACAUGGACAGCCGUGAAAAGCUGGAUGCAUUGGACGUCAUACUUUUAAACAUUUCAUCUUGGGCCGACUGGGUGGUCCGUCUGUCAGUGACCUAUACGUAUGCCUUCUCCGUAUACUGCGUAUUUCCGCUGACUGAGCGGUUAAGUGGAGCCCGCGACGUGCAGCUUAUGACGGGCCUCUCGGGCGUCGACUACGUAUUCGCCCACUUUGUCUUCGACUUCAUCUAUCACCUCCUGUUCAGCCUGUCGUGGUGCAUCAUCCUUUGCGGUUUCAGCUCCUACUCGCUGAGCACAACCGGCCUCUUUCUCCUCGGUUUUGCGUCUUCUGGACCAAUGUUUAUUUGCGUUGGCUACUUGGCGGCGGAAUUAACGGCGACCACAAGUUGUGCAGUCCUGUGCAUUAUCAUGGUGUUCUGCACAGGUCCUAUGAUCAGCCUAAUGCUCAAGCCUCUUAUAUAUCAGACUAUGUCAGCUGUCCCGCACUAUGUGGCACUUAUCAUCCCUCCUUACACCGUGCAUUCCAUGUUCUUCAAGAUAGGGACCAACGCAGAGGAGAUGAAGCAGUGCAAGGUCUUGGAGAAAGAUCGUGGAACCGAAUUGGGUUACUCCCUCGGGAUCGAUUGCACCGGCGGUCUACUGCAGUUCUCUUACAAUGGAAUAGGCUUUGAGUUAGUGGCCAUAGUAGCCGAAGGCCUGCUCUUGAUGGCACUCAUGAUCUUCCUGAUGUCCGGCUACUUUUUUUCGGGACACGCCCUCGCGAGCGAGGAACUGCCCGGCGAAAAAGACGUGGAGGAGGAGAAGACGAGAGUAAAAACUGCGCGCCAGCAGGACGAGCUCGCAGGCUACUCGCUCCUCGCCUGGAAUCUGCACAAGCGGUUCGGCACCCUGCACGCGGUCCGUGGCAUAUACAUGGCGCUCCGGCCCUCCGAGUGUUUCGGCCUCCUCGGCGUGAAUGGGGCCGGCAAGACCACCACGUUUCAGAUGCUGGCCGGACUGAUCAGUGUCUCGGACGGGGACGCUGUCACCGCGGUGGCGAAACUCAGUGGAAACAUCCGCCAGUGGCAGUCCCAGAUCAGCUACUGCUUCCAGCUCGGAGGCCUACUGGACAAUAUGAACGCGUACGAGUACCUGUACCUGGUCGGCCGGCUGCGAGGCAUCCCUGAAAACGAAUUAAAGCCCAUGGUGGACAGCAUCGUAUCCGUCGUCGAUCUCACAGAGCACGCCUCAAAGCAGUGCGGCGAGUACAGUGGAGGCAACCGCCGAAAGUUGACCAUCGCUGCCGCUCUGCUGGGAGUGCAGCCGUUCGUGUUUCUGGACGAGCCGUAUGCGGGGGUGGACGUCGUAUCGCGGAACAAGAUCUUCCGAGCCGUCGCAGAGAUGAAGAAAUGCUCGCGGACGACCUUCAUACUUACGUCGCACAACAUGGAGGAAUGCGAGUUUUCUUGCGACCGACUCACCAUCAUGGUCAACGGCCAAAUGAUGUGCCUGGGCACGCUGCAACACCUGCGGGAGAAGUUCGGUCAGGGCUACCGAGUGGAGUUCUUUCUCGAACCCACCGUCGCUGUUGACGAAGUCAAGCUCAAGAAAGCUGUGCACAAACUGUUUCCCGGCAUUCAACUCAAGGACACCCAGAAGAACCUGCUUAGCUACCACCUAAUGGAGCGUAUUCCAUGGAGUGAGCUGUUCACCAAGGUGGCGCAUCUCCAGAAAAAGUUCCCCCUCGAACACGCCCUCGUCGGCGAGAACACACUUCAGGACAUCUUCUUGAACUUCGCCAAAGCACAAGGAAGCCUCCCUGUUCCGGGCUUUGCCGCUGUGGUAGACGUUGGUACACCCUCCAGCACAAAAUCUCCGGCCGCGCUUUCGUCACCAACGGCAGCUGCAACGUAGCCCCGACUACAGCUUCUGCAAAUUGCUUCACGGGCGAAGGAAUAAAGGCUUUUCUGGU